GUUUUGGGGGAGGGAGGCGGAGGGGAAAGUUUGUUUAUUUUGUUUUUAGUUUCUGGGGUCCCCGUGUUUCUGGGAGGUGAAGAGGGAGGGAGUGACCCCCCCGCGCCCCCUCAGUCCCCCUACUACGUCGCCUCCAUAGCCUGCGGAGAAGCGGGGACCGCGCGCAUCGCAGCGCAUCGCCUCACAGCGGAACGCCGCGCACUCGGAGCCGGCGCGGCUCGGCGGAUUUUGGGUUUUUUGCACUGAAUGUAGUCUAGACUCAUCUUCACGGGCUUGUGUUGCCCCAGGAUACUGUCAAAGGCAGUAUUUGUGUGUUUCUGCAGAGUUUUGCACAGAGUCUGUUCCCAUGCAAACCAAUGAGGGAGAAGUGUCGGAAGAAAGCAGUUCCAAGGUGGAACAGGAGGAUUUUGUAAUGGAAGGGCAUGGCAAGACUCCACCUCCUGGUGAAGAAAGCAAACAAGAGAAGGAGCAAGAAAGGGAAGAACAGUUAAUGGAAGACAAGAAAAGGAAGAAAGAGGAUAAAAAGAAAAAAGAAGCCACUCAGAAGGUCACGGAACAAAAAACCAAAGUGCCCGAAGUGACGAAACCAAGUUUAAGCCAACCAACGGCCGCCAGCCCAAUUGGCAGCUCUCCAUCGCCACCAGUCAAUGGUGGCAACAAUGCCAAAAGGGUGGCAGUGCCGAACGGACAACCGCCAAGCGCCGCCCGCUACAUGCCUCGGGAGGUGCCGCCGCGAUUCCGUUGCCAGCAGGACCACAAAGUGUUACUAAAACGUGGGCAGCCCCCUCCGCCGUCCUGCAUGCUCCUUGGGGGCGGAGCAGGGCCUCCUCCCUCCACAGCACCUGGAGCAAACUCAAACAACGCACAAGUGACAGGAACGCUGCUGCAGAGUGACAGUGGGACUGCACCAGAGUCAACCCUUGGAGGUGCUGCUGCUUCAAAUUAUGCAAAUUCCACUUGGGGCCCGGGAGCCUCCUCCAACAACGGCGCCUCCCCCAACCCAAUUCACACCUGGGACAAGGUGAUUGUAGACGGGUCUGACGUGGAAGAGUGGCCUUGUAUUGCCAGCAAAGACACUGAGUCUUCUUCCGAAAACACCACCGAUAACAACAGUGCCUCGAACCCUGGCUCUGAGAAGAGCACUCUGCCAGGAAGCACCACUAGUAACAAAGGAAAAGGGAGCCAGUGCCAGUCUGCAAGUUCUGGGAACGAAUGUAAUCUUGGGGUCUGGAAAUCUGACCCUAAGACUAAAUCUGUUCAAUCUUCCAACUCUACAACAGAGAGCAACAAUGGACUAGGAAAUUGGAGGAAUGUGAGUGGUCAGGAUAGAAUUGGACCUGGCUCUGGCUUCAGCAACUUUAACCCAAAUAGCAACCCAUCUGCCUGGCCAGCGCUGGUCCAAGAAGGAAAUUCUAGGAAAGGGGCAUUGGAAACGGAUACUAGUAAUUCCAGUGCACAGGUUAGCACAGUAGGUCAGGCAUCCAGGGAACAGCAGUCAAAGAUGGAAAAUGCGGGUGUUAAUUUUGUUGUCUCUGGCAGAGAACAGGCUCAGAUUCAUAACACUGAUGGACCAAAAAAUGGAAACACUAACUCCUUGAACUUAAGUUCACCAAACCCCAUGGAGAAUAAGGGAAUGCCCUUUGGAAUGGGCUUGGGGAACGCCUCCAGGAGCACUGAUGCCCCUUCACAAAGCACUGGAGAUCGAAAGACUGGGAGUGUUGGAUCUUGGGGUGCAGCUAGGGGGCCUUCUGGAACUGACACAGCCUCUGGACAAAGCAAUUCUGGAAACAAUGGGAACAAUGGAAAAGAUAGAGAGGACUCCUGGAAAGGAGCUUCUGUUCAGAAAUCAUCUGGGUCAAAAAAUGACUCUUGGGACAAUAACAGGUCUACGGGUGGGUCCUGGAACUUUGGCCCUCAGGACUCUAAUGACAACAAAUGGGGUGAAGGGAACAAAAUGACAUCUGGGGUCUCUCAGGGAGAAUGGAAACAGCCGACUGGGUCUGAUGAGUUGAAAAUUGGAGAAUGGAGUGGUCCAAACCAACCAAAUUCUAGCACUGGAGCAUGGGACAAUCAAAAGGGCCACCCCCUCCCUGAAAACCAAGGCAAUGCCCAGGCUCCCUGUUGGGGAAGAUCUUCCAGCUCCACAGGAAGUGAAGUUGGAGGUCAAAGCACUGGAAGCAACCACAAAGCAGGAAGUAGUGACAGUCAUAAUUCUGGCCGUCGGUCAUACCGGCCCACACAUCCUGAUUGUCAGGCUGUCUUACAGACUCUUUUGAGCCGAACUGAUUUGGACCCCAGGGUGCUCUCAAACACUGGCUGGGGCCAAACUCAAAUUAAGCAGGACACUGUGUGGGAUAUUGAAGAGGUGCCAAGGCCUGAGGGGAAAUCGGACAAAGGAACUGAGGGGUGGGAGAGCGCUGCCACACAGACCAAGAACUCAGGGGGCUGGGGAGAUGCACCCAGCCAAAGCAAUCAAAUGAAGUCUGGAUGGGGGGAGCUCUCAGCCUCUACAGAGUGGAAAGACCCCAAGAACACAGGAGGCUGGAAUGACUAUAAGAACAACAACUCUUCCAACUGGGGAGGCGGACGACCAGAUGAAAAGACAUCUUCCUCUUGGAAUGAGAACUCCAGCAAGGAUCAGGGGUGGGGAGGGGGACGCCAGCCCAAUCAAGGAUGGACUUCUGGGAAGAAUGGUUGGGGAGAGGAAGUUGAUCAGGCGAAAAACAGCAGUUGGGAAAGUUCUGCAAGCAAACCUGUGUCUGGAUGGGGAGAAGGAGGGCAGAAUGAAAUUGGAACUUGGGGGAACAGCGGGAAUGCAAGCCUAGCUUCCAAAGGUGGGUGGGAAGAUUGCAAAAGGUCUCCAGCGUGGACUGAGACUGGCAGACAGCCCAAUUCCUGGCAUAAACAGCACCAACAGCAGCAGCAGCCACAGCAGCCACCGCCACCACAACCAGAGGCUUCUGGUUCAUGGGGAGGCCCCCCACCACCACCUCCAGGCAACGGACGACCUUCCAAUUCCAACUGGAGCAGUGGGCCACAGCCAGUAACCCCUAAGGACGAGGAACCCAGUGGUUGGGAAGAGCCAUCCCCACAGUCAAUUAGUCGGAAAAUGGACAUCGAUGAUGGCACUUCAGCAUGGGGAGACCCUAACAGCUAUAACUACAAGAAUGUGAAUCUGUGGGAUAAGAAUUCCCAAGGGGGCCCAGCACCUCGAGAACCAAACCUGCCUACCCCGAUGACCAGUAAAUCAGCAUCAGUCUGGAGCAAAAGCACACCACCUGCUCCAGAUAAUGGUACUUCAGCUUGGGGUGAGCCAAACGAAAGCAGUCCUGGGUGGGGCGAAAUGGAUGACACGGGAGCAUCGACCACGGGCUGGGGGAAUGCACCCUCCAACGCUCCAAAUGCCAUGAAACCUAAUUCCAAAUCUAUGCAAGACGGCUGGGGGGAGAGUGACGGUCCAGUGACGGGAACUCGCCAUCCCAGCUGGGAGGAGGAGGAUGAUGGAGGAGUCUGGAACACCGCCGGCUCUCAGGGAAGUGCUUCCUCCCACAACUCAGCAAGCUGGGGACAAGGAGGAAAGAAGCAAAUGAAGUGCUCACUGAAAGGAGGAAACAAUGAUUCAUGGAUGAAUCCUCUUGCCAAACAGUUUUCAAAUAUGGGAUUGCUGAGUCAAACUGAAGAUAAUCCAGGCAGCAAAAUGGAUUUGUCUGUAGGGAGCCUUCCAGAUAAAAAAUUUGACGUGGACAAGCGAGCAAUGAAUCUCGGGGAUUUUAAUGAUAUCAUGAGGAAGGAUCGAUCUGGGUUCCGUCCACCUAAUUCCAAAGACAUGGGAACCACAGAUAGUGGGCCUUAUUUCGAGAAGGGUGGCAAUCAUGGUUUGUUUGGAAAUAGCACAGCACAAUCGAGAGGUAUGCACACACCAGUGCAGCCACUAAAUUCUUCUCCUAAUCUCCGGGCGCAAGUGCCUCCCCAGUUUAUUUCCCCCCAGGUUUCUGCCUCCAUGCUCAAGCAGUUUCCCAACAGUGGCCUGAAUCCAGGUCUUUUCAAUGUGGGGCCCCAGUUAUCUCCUCAACAGAUUGCCAUGCUGAGCCAGCUUCCACAAAUUCCCCAGUUUCAGUUGGCAUGUCAGCUUCUCCUGCAGCAGCAGCAACAGCAGCAGUUGCUACAGAACCAGAGGAAGCUUUCUCAAGCUGUGCGCCAGCAGCAAGAGCAGCAGCUGGCUCGAAUGGUGAGCGCUCUCCAGCAACAGCAGCAACAGCAGCAGCAGCAGCAGCAGAGGCAGCCUGGCAUGAAGCACUCACCCUCUCAUCCUGUUGGGCCCAAGCCACAUCUGGACAACAUGGUACCCAACGCUCUGAAUGUGGGGCUCCCAGACCUUCAAACCAAAGGGCCAAUACCUGGAUAUGGUUCUGGCUUCAGCUCUGGCGGCAUGGACUAUGGCAUGGUUGGUGGGAAGGAGGCUGGAACAGAGUCUCGCUUUAAACAGUGGACCUCCAUGAUGGAGGGACUGCCCUCUGUAGCCACACAGGAAGCCAAUAUGCACAAAAAUGGCGCUAUUGUGGCCCCUGGUAAGACUCGAGGAGGGUCACCGUACAACCAGUUUGAUAUCAUCCCGAGUGACACACUGGGUGGCCAUACGGGUCCUGCUGGUGAUAGCUGGUUACCUGCCAAAUCUCCACCAACAAAUAAAAUCGGAAGUAAAUCCAGCAAUGCCAGUUGGCCUCCAGAAUUCCAACCAGGAGUGCCAUGGAAAGGUAUCCAAAACAUUGACCCUGAAUCUGACCCCUAUGUCACCCCAGGAAGUGUACUGGGGGGUACAGCCACAUCUCCCAUUGUAGAUACUGACCACCAACUUCUGCGGGAUAACACCACAGGGUCUAAUUCUUCCCUCAACACCUCGCUGCCUUCACCUGGUGCCUGGCCCUACAGUGCCUCUGACAACUCCUUUACCAACGUUCAUAGCACUUCAGCAAAGUUCCCUGAUUACAAAUCAACAUGGUCCCCAGAUCCCAUAGGACACAACCCCACUCAUCUCUCCAACAAGAUGUGGAAAAACCAUAUUUCCUCAAGGAACACUACACCGCUGCCCCGCCCACCUCCCGGUCUGACCAACCCCAAACCAUCAUCUCCCUGGAGCAGCACAGCACCCCGAUCAGUCAGGGGGUGGGGGACACAGGACUCACGGCUUGCCUCGGCCUCUACCUGGAGUGAUGGUGGUUCAGUUCGUCCCAGUUACUGGCUGGUUCUUCACAAUCUCACUCCACAGAUUGAUGGGUCAACGUUGAGAACCAUCUGCAUGCAGCAUGGCCCACUGCUGACAUUCCAUCUGAACCUAACCCAGGGCACUGCCCUGAUCCGAUACAGCACCAAACAGGAGGCGGCCAAGGCCCAAACUGCACUGCACAUGUGUGUGUUGGGAAACACUACCAUCCUGGCUGAGUUUGCCACCGAUGAUGAAGUUAGCCGCUUUCUGGCACAAGCUCAGCCCCCUACACCUGCAGCAACCCCAAGUGCACCCGCCGCAGGUUGGCAGUCGCUGGAGACCGGCCAGACCCAGUCAGAUCCCGUCGGACCUGCUUUGAAUCUUUUUGGUGGGUCCACAGGGCUCGGGCAAUGGAGCAGCAGUGCUGGUGGCAGCAGCGGGGCCGAUCUUGCUGGCGCUUCGUUGUGGGGGCCCCCAAACUAUUCUUCUAGCUUGUGGGGAGUCCCAGCUGUGGAAGAUCCCCAUAGGAUGGGCAGCCCUGCUCCCUUACUACCUGGUGACCUUCUGGGAGGAGGGUCGGAUUCAAUCUGAACUUAGAACUUUCAACUCUGACCUCGUGACCUUUUUUGGAACAGCAGCAGCACUAACUUGACCUUUUCGUUUUUUUUUUCAACUUGCAAUAAAUACAUUUUUAAAAGGAAAAAAGAAAACGGAGAGAGAAAAAAAAGGUGGGUCAUUGACAGACUGUCUGAGCACAUAGUUGCCUCCCUUAUAACUUCAGUUUUUUCGUUUGGAAUAUGAAUCCAAAAAGAGAACAUAUCACUCUUGAAAUACUUGAAUCAUGAACGCCAACCUAGAAAGACAAUGUGAAGCAAGUACACAUACCAUUUAAAUUUAAACACAAAAAAAUUAAAAAAAUUAGUUUCUAGUUUUUCACUUUUUUCAUGUUAUAUGGAAGUUGUUGCUAAGAAACAUAUAUACUGAAAAAAAAUAGCUUUUUAACUUUG